AUGGCAACCCCCGCAGCUCAGAUCCCGUCCAUCGGCUCCAGCGCGCCGGCCGCAACGGCACCCCAAGCCACCGAGGCCGCCUCGAAGCCCAAGCCCUGCUGCGUGUGCAAGGAGGAAAAGUCCAAGCGCGACGAGUGCAUGCUCUUCUCGACGGCUGCCGACCCCCAGAAGGAUUGCUUGUCGACAAUAGAACAGUACCGGCGCUGCAUGGCCGGGUUCGGAUUCAAGGUCUAG